AGGCGGCAGCAGCGCAGCGCUCGCUUGUUCUGUGACGUAAAUCGCACCACCUGAAGAAGUCUUACAUCCGGCACAUGCCGCACCUUGGAUAACCCAUCUGUCCUGCACGUUGACAUUGGGAGCGUAACGUUAGUAACGUUAUCCGGACACAGCAGCGCUUGUGUAACAGGGUGGAAUGGGAGCCUCUGGAUCUACACCUGCUGCUCCUACAGUUAGGGCGGAGGCUGUCUCCCCUCCUCAGGGCUGUCCCAUGCACCAUGAAGCCCAGCCUGUGAAAGUGUCUCCUCCUUUGGAGUGUCCCAUGCAUCAAUCUCAGCCUGUACAAGCAUCACCUCCAUCAGGAUGUCCAAUGCACAGAGCAGAAGCAGGUCCGGCUCAUCAGGAACGGGCCUAUGAGUAUGUGGAGUGUCCUAUGAACGCUGCAGCAGACACGAAGAGUGAUAUUGACCCAGCAAAUAUGAUGCCGCCUCCUAACCAAACCCCAGCUCCAGACCAGCCUUUCCAGCUCUCAGUCACCAGGCAGGAAUCCAACAUUCCCCGUCAUGGUGCAGACAAGAACUGGGUCUACCCAUCUGAACAGAUGUUUUGGAAUGCCAUGCUGCGGAAAGGGUGGCGCUGGCGUGAUGAUGCCCUUACAGCUCAGGACAUGAACAACAUCAUUAAAAUCCACAACCAGAACAAUGAGCAGGCCUGGCAUGAGAUCCUCAAAUGGGAGGCCAUGCAUGCACAUGAGUGUCCAUGUGGUCCGACCUUGAAGAGGUUUGGUGGGAAAGCCACGGAGUACUCACCCCGGGCUCGCUUCCGACACUGGAUGGGGUAUGAGCUGCCUUUUGACCGCCACGACUGGAUUGUCGACCGCUGUGGUAAGGAGGUGCGCUAUGUCAUAGACUACUACGAGGGUGAAGUCAACAUGGACAACUACCAGUUCUCCAUCCUGGAUGUACGCCCUGCCGUUGACUCUUUAGGGGCCAUCUGGGAUCGCAUGAAAGUGGCCUGGUGGCGCUGGACCUCCUAAGACACUGAGACUUGCAAUAGGGUGGCAGUGUAAACACACAAGGACUGUGGAUAUGCCCUGUCAUUUCUGCUUAUGGCAAUAUAUGUGGUGCUGUACUUAUCAGACAUUUUAACAGCUCCUCACUCAAUGAAUACAGCCUCAUAUUUGCUGUUAGUAAGGUUUAUUUCAGACUUACUUUCAUUGCAGCUAAUAUUUAAUACAGGGGCAUUAUAUUGCUUCCAGUAAUCUGUUCAACCACAAAACACAAGUGUUACAGUCCCACAUUACCUACAUUAUUUAUGUUUAAAACCUUUGCUUUGGGGGUGAUUGUGUAUGUAAUUUCUUUCAAGACAAAUAUGAUAAACAAACCAAUUCACCACAUUUGCAGCCUGUUAAAAAAAUCUAGUCCUUCAUACCCACAACUAGCCAAAAUCUAAAGAGAAAGCACAAUGUGUGUUAAUGUAGUGAUUUUAUUGAAAUGAAACUGUGAAAUGAAUCUCCAAAAGGUGCAGGUACAUGCUGUGUAUUACCCAUUCGCACAGUGGAAGUCCAGUAUUAAACAGAUUAAUGUAAGAAUACUGUAUUAUUUGCUAAAAUUCUGUAGAGAUGAAGUACAUGUCCAUGUACACAGCCCACAUCUGUGAAUGUCUAAAAUGAUUUUUAUUGAUAAUCUUUAUUGACCUAGGCAGAGGUGUUGAUGAUUCUGCUGGGUAUUUGAGGUGUUGCUUGUUUUCACUGACCACCACCCGACUGCAGUCUUUAUGGGCUGCAUUAAAGACAACACCUCUUUCCCCUUUCUUUUUUUUGCCCCUUUGACAUCACAUGGACAUGACAGUAGAUGGUAUGAAGGUAAAACCAAAGCCAGAUGACCAAUUCAUAAACUCUCAUGUUCUUUGCUUACUUUGUUUUCUGUUUCACAUAAAAAGGGAUGAACUCUAUAAAAGUUGUUGAGAAUUUUGUUAAUCAGCUCUGUUUUAUAGUUUUGUGGCUGGUUUUAUUUAUUGAUUGAAUAAGCGUAGAUUUCAUUUUCUACAACAUUUCCUGUAUCAAAAGCGAUUUUAGGUCUGGUGGUCAACAAAAUGUGAUAAAGCUGCUACUCCCCUGAAUAAAAUGUUUGUGGUCUUCUACUA